UAUGAUCUACGCAGGUGGUAUUUGGAAACCGAAUACCAUGGCCUCUCUCCCAAACUGCUGCCAAAACCACCAUCUUUUCUUCACACGCGCACUUGUUAUGUAUAUAUAUAAGGAAGACCCUUCAUCAAAUCCAACACCAUCAAAACGAGAAACUCCAAAUAUAUCUACUAAACUUCCCAAUUCCAAUUCAAAGUGAAAAAGAGAAGUAUGAGUUCAACAAGCAGAGCAUGGAUGGUGGCAGCAAGUAUUGGGGCAGUGGAGGCCUUGAAAGACCAAGGGAUUUGUCGGUGGAACCAUCCUUUGAGAUCACUUCAGCAGCAUGCGAAGAACAACAUCAGAUCCUACUGUCAGGCCAAGAAGCUCGCCGCUCAGUCUUCUUCUGCUAUAUCCAGUAAAGUGAAAGAUCAUGAGAAGCUGAAGCAGUCUGAAGAAUCUUUAAGAAAAGUCAUGUACUUGAGCUGUUGGGGCCCUAAUUGAUCCCCUGCCUACUUUUCUUGUAAAUAUUUCACCAAAUUUUGAAUGUUGGUUCAUCACAAA